CCCUCAGACGGCGACGCGCCAGAGGAAGCGCCCGGCAGCGAGCUCCGGGCGCCAUUUUGGGUUCGGUUUCUGGGCCGAGGAAUAGGGGCCGCUGGCGUAGCCGUGGUCGCUGAGGGAGUCUGGCAGUGACGAGGAGGUCCCGAGGCUAAGGACGCAGACUGCGCGGGACAGAAAAGGGACGCUGGUGGUGGGAAGCCGCAGCCGCAAAGGUGGAGCCGCGUCGGCGUCCGGCGCGGGAGCAGCGUCUCGGAUGCGGGCGGAGCGCGGGGGGCCGCGGAGACGGAAGCGCGGAGCAGGGGCUUCGGGAGGCCUCAUGUGAGAGCCGCCGCGGGCGCUACCCAGGGUGCUGCGUGGGGGAAGCCGACCCCGGCCGCAGACUUCUCAUCCACAGAACAACAAUUCCUGCCUGGACCCUUCGAAAGCACAGCAGACAUCUGCCAAGCCAAACAGGCCUCAAACCACUCCUGCCCCACCAUACCUACAUUGGAAUGCUGUCAUGAAGAUGUGCAAUUACCGAGGGCUACAUGACAGACUCUCUCCUCUGAAGAGUGAAACCUCUGGACAAGGAAACAGGAUGAAACGUGGAGGAGGAAGAGACAGUGACCAUGAUUCACCUGAAGAAGGCCCUGCAGAGAAACCAAAGAAACUGAGGACUACACAUGAGCAGUCUCAACCUUGUGACUGGGGUAAUCUCCUGCAGGACAUUAUUUUGCAAGUAUUUAAGUAUUUGCCUCUUCUUGACCGGGCUCAUGCUUCACAAGUUUGCCGCAACUGGAAUCAGGUAUUUCAUAUGCCUGACUUGUGGAGAUGUUUUGAAUUUGAAUUGAAUCAGCCAGCUACAUCUUACCUGAAAGCUACACAUCCAGAGCUGAUCAAACAGAUUAUUAAAAGGCAUUCAAACCAUCUACAAUAUGUCAGCUUCAAGGUGGACAGCAGCAAAGAAUCAGCUGAAGCAGCUUGUGAUAUAUUAUCACAACUUGUGAAUUGCUCUUUAAAAACACUUGGACUUAUUUCAACUGCUCGGCCAAGCUUUAUGGAUUUACCAAAGUCUCAUUUUAUCUCUGCGUUGACUGUUGUGUUUGUAAACUCCAAAUCUCUGUCCUCGCUCAAGAUAGAUGAUACCCCAGUAGAUGAUCCAUCCCUCAAAGUGCUAGUGGCCAACAACAGUGAUACACUCAAGUUGCUAAAAAUGAGCAGCUGUCCUCAUGUCUCUCCAGCAGGUAUCCUUUGUGUGGCUGAUCAAUGUCAUGGCUUACGAGAACUGGCCCUGAACUACCAUUUACUAAGUGAUGAGUUGUUACUUGCUCUAUCCUCUGAAAAACAUGUUCGAUUAGAACAUUUGCGCAUUGAUGUAGUCAGUGAGAAUCCUGGACAGACACACUUCCAUACUAUUCAGAAGAGCAGCUGGGAUGCUUUCAUCAAACACUCACCCAAAGUGAACUUAGUGAUGUAUUUUUUUUUAUAUGAAGAGGAAUUUGACCCAUUCUUUCGUUAUGAAAUACCUGCCACUCAUCUUUACUUUGGGAGAUCAGUAAGCAAAGAUGUGCUUGGUCGUGUGGGAAUGACUUGCCCUAGACUUGUUGAACUAGUAGUAUGUGCUAAUGGAUUACGGCCCCUUGAUGAAGAGUUAAUUCGAAUUGCAGAACGUUGCAAAAAUUUGUCAGCCAUUGGACUGGGGGAAUGUGAAGUCUCAUGUAGUGCCUUUGUUGAGUUUGUGAAGAUGUGUGGUGGCCGCCUAUCUCAGUUAUCCAUUAUGGAAGAGGUAUUAAUUCCUGAUCAAAAAUAUAAUUUGGAGCAGAUUCAUUGGGAAGUAUCCAAGCAUCUUGGUAGGGUAUGGUUUCCAGACAUGAUGCCCACUUGGUAAGGAUUGCAUGAUGUAGGACAUGAUGAAUAAAUAGCACCUUAAUCUCAAGCAAAUGUAUUAUAAUGAAAUCUAUUUACUGUAGUUGUGAUGUAAUUCUAUUUUGUGGCACGAAAAUUUGGUAUUUUCAGUGAGUCUAUAGAUUGAUUGUUGGAAGACCUACGAACCAGUCUGAAAACUCCCAUUUCUCUUUCAGCCUAAUAGCAAUCAAAUCUUUAAAAAAAAAAAGAAAAAUGUGGUUUCAUAUUUUAAAGUAAUUAUAAAGAUUAAACAGUUCAUAGUCUGAAGGAAACAAGCUAUAUAUUCUAAUAAGUAUGAAGUGAUAGGUUUUCUGAAAUGUUAUGUUCUCUAUGCAUUUUUAAAAAAUGUAACCUUGAUAUUUUAGGGUCUUUAGUUCUAAAUACACCUGUUAUAAGGUGUUUAAUAUAGCUCAGGAAAGUGAGCGUUUAGUGAGAAACGUAUGAUUUAUCAUAUCUAAUGAUGAGAAAAAGAUUGGUUGAAUGUUUUCAAAUGUUAUGAAGCUAUUUUUAAAAAUAAAGAGAUGUAUAAAUAUUGGAGCAUGUAGAACACAGAUAAAUAUCACACAGAGGUUAAUAUAGAAGGAUAGCACACAGAGCCAAGAUCAAAUUUAAAGAAAAUAAAUGGAAUUGAAAGGUAGUAUUUAACUUUGUAUACUCUUUCAGAUUUUCUGUGUAAUCUGCCAAACCAUAUAAGUUCUUUUCUGUGAUAUUUUACUAAUAUAUGUGGCGCUUGAGGCAUUGGUAUGUAAAGUAAGGAAUGCUUUACUAGUUCUUGGUUUUGUUGAUCUUUGUUUAGUUUUUAACUAUUACACAAUAAUUUAAAUGAAAAUCUUACCUACUUAAAAAAGCCAAAUUGAGAUAAUUAAAAGUAGAACUUUAUAAAUUGUUCAUGAACUAUUUCCAUGAAAGAUUACUUUCCAAAGAUUAAUUCUAGUGAUGGCUCAUUUUUUCAGUUUGGAAUCACAUAGCUACAUGAGUACAGUUUUAAAAGUCAAAAGGAGCAUCAGAGUACAGUUCUAAAACAUUAAAUUUAAUAUAUGUAAGUUCAUAAUCGUAUUUUUGAGUAAAUAUUGCUCAGUGGAACUGGAACAUUUUAAUAGAAAAAGAUCUGCAGGUUUGUGAUUAUUAAUUUGGCCCAAACUGGUAUUCUAUAUUAUUUAAGUUUGUAGCAUUUUAUAUUACUUUCAUAUGAAUAUGGUAAACCCAUGACUUUGUAGAGCUUGUAAAAAAUACUCAGUUGUGGGCUACAUUUAGUUAUUUUAGACAUGAGCUUUGAUUCUGGGCACUAGUGCUAGUAGAUAUUACUUUCCUAAAAGAAAUUAGAAGUGGUUUGCCCAGUGGAAUACAAAAAUGCCCAGAGUGUGACCUUCACUCUUCACUAGUGUGACCUUUAGAAAGCACCUUGAUAGUCUUGAAAGCCAGCAGUCCUCAAAAUUUGAUGACCUUCCUCAGAAUAAAGUAAAAUGUGGCAUUCUGCAUAAUUUAUGCUUUCAAAAGUGGCAGUAUUCUGCCAUUCUGGCACAUGCCAUGAGAAGGAAAAGGCUGAUCCAGACUUCAAAAUUAAAAGCAAUUAUUAGAAUAUUUUCACUUACUAAGUAGCAAGAAGCUUUGUACAAGAAAUACUUGUGCUAGUUAAUGAGGUCUUUUUUUUCUUUUUUUUAAACAACUUUGGAAAAUGGAUUUGACAUAUAUAGUUGGUUCUACUAACCAAAGCCGUAUUUGAAAACUUACCUUUUGUACAAAUUUAAAGUAUAUAAUGCUUGAAUACUUAUAAGUCACUUUAUAAGCAAAAUGCAUAGCACUUAAUUUGUUUAUACUGUAAAGUAUAUGUUAAAUGGUUUUAUCAAUUUGAGAAUAAAGAUAGUUACUAA